AUGUCGCUCGUCUCCGGAGAGAAGUCCAACUUCCAAUACAUCAUCCGUUUGUUGAACACAAACGUCGAUGGAAAGCAGAAGGUCAUGUACGCCCUGACCAAGAUCACUGGUGUCGGUCGCCGAUACUCCAACUUGGUCUGCAAGAAGGCCGAUGUCGAUCUGACCAAGCGCGCUGGUGACCUCACCUCCGAAGAGCUUGAGCGUAUCGUUACCAUCAUCCAGAACCCUCUCCAGUACAAGAUUCCUUCCUGGUUCCUCAACAGGCAGCGUGAUAUCGUCGAUGGCAAGAACAGCCAGGUCCUCGCCAACGGUGUCGCCUCCAAGCUCCGUGACGAUCUCGAGCGCUUGAAGAAGAUCCGCGCUCACCGUGGUCUCCGUCACUACUGGGGCCUCCGUGUCCGCGGCCGGUGGAAGGCCUCUUCGUUGCGUUUUCUCCUUUCGUCUGGUUUUUUUUCGUCCGGCCGCAGUCACUGCCCCGUCAUGGCACUACCACGUACUCCUUCGCCAAGGGUGCGUAUACGAUCACAAUCAUUCGACUCACCAUCAUUGCGUAUCAGUAGUUCUCCUACGGAGGAAUCGCCGCUGUCAAAGUCCACUGGCUCGCUCAUCACACUUUCAAGCUAUGAUGCCAUUAAAGCUGCGGCACAGGGAGCAAUGCGGUCCAUUCAAAUGCUACUCCCCCUGAACACCAAGAUGAGCGAUGAUUCCAUUCUCUCCGAUGCAUCUAGUGCCGCGUCUUCAGCGACAAGUUCUCCAAGCUCGACUGGAAGCGAGACGGAAUUGUUCUCAAACCCACCUCCACCACCACCAUCGCACUCGUCGCGACGUCGUCGUCCACGUCCUCACCCCUUAUCGUUCGCACAGCAGACUAGUCAUGACAAUGAUGUUGUGGCUGAACCAACUUCCCCGUUUCUCUACCAAGACACCAGUUGUCCGAUGUACUCGCCGUGGCUAGUUCGCGUAGUACUGGAUAUGUACGAUGUCAGAGGUCUAGAUUGGAUGGCGAUUGCGGAUCCGAUCGAGCGGGUGUGGGGAGUGCAGACGAGUAGUGCUGAUGUGCUUGGGAUAUUGAGCGACAAUGGGCGUGUGCCUAAUCGUCGGUGGUGGGAUUGA